GAGCUAGGAACAUAAUGGCGGCUCCCAGCUUGCGGGGCCGCCUGGCGCGGUUUGGGAACCCGCGGAAGCCUGUACUGAAACCCAACAAACCCCUCAUCCUAGCUGAUCGCGUCGGGGAGCGGCGCCGGGAGAAGGGAGAGGCGACCUGUAUCACUGAGAUGUCGAUGAUGAUGGCGUGCUGGAAGCAGAAUGAAUUUCGCGACGAAGCGUGCAGAAAAGAGAUCCAGGGCUUCUUCGAUUGUGCUUCGAGGGCUCAGGAAGCCCGAAAGAUGAGAUCAAUCCAGGAGACCCUGGGAGAGUCUGGGAACUUACCUCCCAAGAAAUUGAAUAAGUUGUUACAGAGGUUUCCCAACAAACCUCAUAUGAGCUGAAAAUGGAGAAUCAUUUUCAAUGACUGGAUGAUAGCUUCUGAGAACUAUGCAGAGGCAUUUUAGAGAUGUUUGCACUGCCAUUCCCUCUUUGAAGGGUAGAAUGAAGCAAAACACUUUUUUCACCCUUUGGAAUCAUGGUCUGGGUGGAAGUUAUGUUUUAUCUUGAAAUAAAAUCCUCUGAAGAGAA